UUGAGGGCAGUUGGACGUUAUGCCAGACAUUAGACGGGCCCCAUGUUUGCUACCAGCGGGUGAAGGGAGGAGGUGAAGCCGCAUCAUGUGCAGCCUCCAGCGGCUCAGAGCGCUCGUCAACGAGCGUCUGUCGGCGGCCGCGGAGGAGAUCUUCGAGGCGGUGCAGAGAACCAUCGCGGGCUACGAGCAGGAGGUGCUGCAGUCCGAGCAGGAGAUCCGGCGGCAGCGCAGGAUGCUGCGGAGCGUCCUCUGCCCGGAGCCCGAGGUCCACAAGCCCCAAGACCAACCACAGCUGGCUCUUUCUGUCUGGAACGAGGACUUUGCCUCCAAACAGCAGCAGCCGGACGAGCGCUGUGAGCCCGACUGGACCUCCGCUCUGGAACACGACGACGAGGAGCCUGAGAAGAACCCAGAGGAGCUCCCCAGUAGAGAGGAGGACAACCCCAUCGGGUUCAUCUUCACAGGGCCGAAUGAGCUCCACCCCCAGGGUCCAGGAGGAGGAGGAGGAGGAGAUCCUCUGCCGAGCACUUCAGCUGAGCCGGCUGAGACGAAGGUGGAGGUGGGUGACGGAGCUUCGUCUGGCUGCUCUGCGGUUGAAAACGACGACAGCGAGGACGAGUGGAGGGCCAGUGGGGGGUGUCCGAGUGACAACAGCGACAGCGGCAGUGACUGCACGAGCAAAUGGAAAAAGAAGAAGAAGGGCCCUCGUUUACCGAUGGCUCUGAAAGUGCAUCCGGGAAAAAAAACAAGAUCACGAAUCUGCUGUAAAGUCUGCGGGAAACCCUUCCACGCCACCGUCUCCCUGGUGAAUCACAUGGAUGUUCACCCCAAGGACGUCUGCGGUGUCUGUGGGGAACGUUUGGACACUGAGGAGAACUUUAAAGUUCACGUGAAGACACACGUGAAAGCUGAAAGCUGCAGCGUUUGUGGGAAGUGUUUCGGUGGAUCCAAGUCUUUGGCGACGCACAUGCGGAUCCACACGGGAGAGAAACCGUUCAACUGCAGCGAGUGUGGGAAAUCCUUCAACUGUCAACACAACAUGAUGCGACACAUCAGGAUACACACAGGGGAGAAGCCCUACGUCUGCUCCGUCUGCGCCAAAUGCUUCAAUGACUACUCCACGUUAAAGCGCCACCUGCGGGUUCAUGCGCACAAGAAGCACCUCAACCGAGAUAACGCAAGCGAGAAAGAAAGUGGCAACGACGGCGUGAAGAGGGUCAAGAACCCGUCACUGAAAAAGCAGCAGACUCGGACCAUAUGCGAGGUGUGUGGGAAAAUGUUCCACUCCAUGGUCUCCCUGGUGAAUCACGCCAAGAGUCACUCCACGGACAUGUGUGGCGUCUGCGGGACACAUUUCGACUCCGAGGAAAACUUAAAGCUUCACCUGAAAACUCACAAGAACGGGAAGGUUUGCGACGUGUGCGGCAAGUGCUUCGACAGUCAGGGAAACCUGGAGAUGCACAUGAGGAUCCACACGGGGGAGAAGCCGUUCCUCUGCAGCGAGUGCGGGAAGUCCUUCAACUGCCGACACAACAUGAUGCGACACAUCAGGACCCACACGGGCGAGAAGCCGUACCUGUGUAACACCUGCGGACGCUCUUUCAGCGACCACUCCUCGCUGAAACAGCACGGCAGCACUCACAGCGGGGAGAAACCGCACCGCUGCGACGUGUGUGGGAAAGGCUUCCACCGAAAGACUUACGUGAGGCUUCACAUGAAGAGUCACACGACUGCUAAAUGACCCUCUGUCAACGAAGGGAGGUGUAAAUAAAGGUUUUUUAAGGUUGAAUGUCGUCUCUCUGAAACUUUAUCUCUUGGUGCGUCGUCGCCCGUGGACACACGAUGGUCAUCCUGCACCAGUCAUCACACAGAGCGAAUGAAACAAGGUGAGAGGUGCUGCUCAUCCUCAGGUUGGAGAUGGAAGUUAUCACCAGCACUUUGUAUCUUCAUCAUGCUUCCAUCGCCUCAGUGACGUUUUUACAAUCAAACAUUUAGAUUCCAGCCAGAGACGUUCAGAGCUCCGAGUGUUUUUAUCACCAGUCUUAAGGCGAUGCUGUGCCAACUCUCCUGAUUUGUUAUACACUCACAUUUCUACUUUGGAAAUUUCACCUGGAUUUUUCUUUUGAAUUAUGUGUAAAUGUUUUUCUGUAACUUUCAGUCGACUGCAUCGUGUUUCAUGUGCAACACAGACUUUGCUCUGUUUGCUCUGGUGUUGUGUGUUCAGUGGUGUUUUCUGAAUGCAGCGCUCUCACUACGUGCCUAUCACCAACAAGGACUUCUCUAUUUUCUAAAGUAAAUCAGUUUGAUCUCAGAUCAGUUGUCUUAAUACCAAGAUGUAAAAAGAGAAAUCCUCUUGAAAUGAGGAGUGAUGGUUGGAGGCGAGAUCUCGUGCUCAGCUGAGCUGUGACGCUGUUGACUUCCUGCUGGAGAACAAAGUGCUUGAGACAGUUUGACGGAGAGACGACUGAAGAGUCGCAGCAGUUUACAGACAUUGUAUUUAUUAUUUUGAAUCCUUUAUUUGAGCAGGGAGAUGGAACAUCUCUGAAAGACGUUGAUUCAAUUAACUUUGAGUGAAAAGCAAACUUUUCUUCCGUCCUGUUCACGUGUGCAUUUCUCCACAGAGAUGAUAAAGAAGUGAGAUGUCUCACUACCUUCCAUCAUCACUUUGACAAGUGACAGAAUUAAUAUUGUGCUGAUGACCUGUGUGAACUAAAUUCACUCACUGGGGUGGAGAAGUCCCGUUAACCAUCGGUGAACUGUGAAUCACUACAUGUACUAAUAUCACAUAUCUACAUCCAGAACAAGUGAAGAGUUUUAAUAAAUUACA